AUUAUCCGUCAGACUUGAAAAAUACGUUCGACAUUUUUAAAGACUCUGAAAUUUUCAAAGAAGUUCUACCAUCUGCCUUCGAAAGGAUUGCACCUGGCUUAUUGGGGUGACGGAGAUUAGCGACCAAUAAUUCAAGGAUCUUUUUAAUCCUGGUGAUAAAAGUCGUGAAAUAUAACCGACCUUAGUUUAGUAAAAUCCUACCUGUAUUGUCCCAGAGGUUACUUAUUAGGGCCUCUGGAAUUACCGCCCAAUUGGUAGGUAAAACUUUGUAGUAGAUGGCCCCUUUGCAGUUCCUUUUCGACAGCCCAGCCAUGAAGUACCGCAUGUUGAACAAGCGCAAGCAAGCGACUCCUUCGCCAGUGAGGGAAUCCGAGGUGGCGGACACAUCCCUGGCCAACCACAGUGCCCUGGAACUGGAGGCAGCAGCAGCUCUCCUGCUCCUUCGAUACCAGUACGAUCGACAGGCCUGCAGCAAUAUUAUAUCCUACACCGAGUCCUGCUCUCCCACUCCACCGCCUGCUGUGGUGGAUAACACAACGCCCAAAGAGCAGACUGUUCGUCCUCCAGUCGCCAGUCAGCCGCUGAAGAAACGCUCCAUACCAUCGCACCUCCUUAGAAGGUCCGUCACUCCGGCCAAAUCCGAGAGUUCGGUGAUUAAUAAAUCCAUAGUCAAGGCCAAAACCAGGACUCCCAUUCCGGGCAAUGAGCGCAGCUGCAACCGGUCCCUGCUCAAGUCCUGCAGGAAUAUGAUACGUGAGUUCUUGGACAAUCAGGAGCUCAUCUAAAAUCAAGCAACCAAAUACUAAAGAAUUUAAGUAUAAGUAUACCAUUCUAACAUUCUUGUUUCAAGAUAAAAAAGUUUAAGAUUUACGAAAUCUUUACAAAACAACGCCGGUUU